UCUCCGCAUCAAACCUCGUCCGCACGCGCCACACCCCUUCGCGCGGACAACGGAGAAGCGAGAAACGCACAGCCGAUGAGGCCUCUACGCGCCGUCGCUCUGCUCCUCCUCGCGGCGGCAGCAGCCGCGGCCGCCGCGACGCCGUGGGCGGGGAGCGGCCAGGAGCCCGGCUCCAUCAGCAAAGACGACUUCCCUGGGGACUUCAGCUUCGGGGCUAGCACAUCAGCUUAUCAGUGGGAAGGCGCGGCGGCGGAGGACGGCCGGACUCCCAGCGUCUGGGACACCUUCGCUCACGCUCACGCCCACGCCGGUGAUGACUCUGUAAAUGGUGAUGUGGCAGCUGACGGCCACCAUAAGUACAAGGAGGAUAUCAAAUUAAUGAAGGAGACCGGACUGGAUUCUUAUAGAUUCUCUAUCUCUUGGUCAAGGCUUAUUCCUAAAGGAAGAGGAGAAGUCAAUCCAAAAGGAGUAGGAUACUACAAUAAUCUCAUCAAUGAACUUCUUGAUCAUGGAAUUCAACCACAUGCAACGAUUUUCCAGUAUGAUCUUCCUCAAAUCCUUGAAGAUGAAUAUGGUGGAUGGUUGAAUCCCCAAAUAAUUGAUGAUUUCACAGCAUACGCAGAUGUGUGCUUUAGGGAAUUUGGGGAUAGGGUUACCAAUUGGACCACUCUAAAUGAACCUAACGCUUUAGUUUCGGUUGGCUAUGAUGCUGGUAUUGGGCCACCAGGGAGAUGUUCUAAACCAUUUGGAUUUGCUGACUGUUCCUGUGGGGACUCUGUAAACGAGCCAUACGUUGUAGCUCAUAAUUGCUUAUUGGCUCAUAGCUCAGCUGUGUCACUAUACAGAAGAAAGUAUCAGACAAAGCAACACGGACUUAUUGGCAUGAAUAUAUGUAUAAAUAACAUAUUACCUUAUACAAACUCAACCGAAGAUAUAGCUGCAGCGAAAAGAGCACAAGCCUUCUACACAGGCUGGUUCUUGGAUCCUCUCUAUUAUGGAGACUACCCACUUGUGAUGAAGGAGAAUACUGGCUCCAAGUUGCCAAAAUUUUCUCGAAGCCAGUCUAAACAACUAAUCAAUUCUAUGGACUUUCUUGGCAUCAAUUACUACACAUUUUUGUACGUGAAGGAUGACCCGCAUCAUGCUCCUAGCAACAAAAGGAAUUUCAGGGCUGAUAUGGCUGCUAAAUCAAUAUUUUCAAGCAAUUCUACCAGUGGGUUCUAUGUGCCAGGUUAUGGUAUACACCAAGUGCUUGAAUAUUUGAAGCAAUUUUAUGGUAAUCCUCCAAUCUAUAUCCAUGAGAAUGGAUAUCCAAUGCAUCAAGAUGUGGUAUUUGAUGAUGGCCCUAGGGUGGAAUUCUUGAGUGAACAUCUUAAAAACCUUCUUAUUGCUGUCAGGAACGGUUCGAAUACUAGGGGCUACUUUGCCUGGUCGCUGAUGGAUUUAUAUGAACUACUUAGUGUCGGGGACACGUAUGGGCUGUAUUACGUGGAUUUCGCUGAUGAGGAUCUCAAGAGAUACCCAAGGAGCUCUGCGAUUUGGUACAAGGAUUUUCUCAAGGAGAGGCGCACGGAGAGAUUCUCCGACCAUUAGCUCUUGACCUCGAGAGUUCGCUAGCUGUUUUCCGUAACAUGCAAUGUUAAACUGCUCCGCCGUCAUUCCAAACACACAAAAAAGCGGCCCAAGUAGAUGCUUCCAGUCUGCUGUAUCCCGUUUUAAUUGUAUUACGCACGUCGAAUCAAUCUCUUUCUCUCCCAAAAGAAAGAACGGUAAGUUCCCAAA